GUGAGUGGGAUGGUCCAGAGUUGGGUCCAGUCUCUGCACAGUAAGACUACUAGACGGUCCAACUGAAGUGAAGUAUUUAUGCAGCUUACAAGGUACUGAGUAUUUCCUGUGAAGUACUCAGUGUGGUGCUGGUACCAUGGACUCUGAGGUUCCCCCCACGCUCUCUCUCGUCUCUGUGUUGUCUCUGCUGGGCUGUAGCCUCCAGCUGCUGGUGGCUGCCCUCCUCACACACAGGUAUGGUGGGCGGAGCUCCAAGACGGACUGGUGGAUCCUGCUGUGGUUGUUCUAUGAUGUCAUCGUCCACCUGACGCUGGAGGGUCCAUUUGUUUACAUGUCUCUGGUUGGGACAGUGGAGACAUCUGAAGGGCCUCUGGCUGAACUCUGGAAGGAGUACGGUAAAGCAGACAGUCGCUGGUUGGUUUCUGAUCCAAACAUCGUCUCCUUGGAGAUUUUGACGGUGGUCCUGGACUCUCUGCUAGCUCUGCUGCUGAUACAUGCAGUGCUCAAUGACAAGUACUACAGACACUUCCUGCAGAUCACUCUGAGCGUGUGCGAGCUGUACGGCGGCUGGAUGACCUUCUGUCCUGAUUGGCUGCUGGGCAGUCCUCACCUGGACACGUCCAACCCGCUCUACCUGUGGGUCUACCUGGUCUUCUUUAAUGGACUCUGGGUCCUGGUUCCAGUUCUGCUCCUGGUCCAGUCCUGGUUGUGUCUCCAGAGUCUUCAUGCAGUCAAAGAAGACAGAACGGCCCAGAAGAAGAAGAAGCUGUAGACGAUGAUCAGGAGCCUUUCACUGUUUGAGCUCAUCGUUUUCUCAGACUGGUGACAGAAAUUAUUUUGUAGCAGGAAGGAACAAAUCAGACAGCAGGAUCAUCACUAAAACCUUUAUUAAUCUCUAUAAAUAAAAUCUUGAGGUGAAACAAG